AUGUUGAAAAUCAUUUUCUUAGCUGUUCUGUGCUCAUUUAGUGCAGCAUUAUUUGAGAAUUCUUAUCUGAUUAAACAAGCCAAUAAAUUAGAAGAUUUUAGAGGUAUUUUAGAAUCAGAAUUUGUUUCUCUUGUGUAUUUCUAUUCAGAUCAAUGCGAAAAUUGCCAAAGAGCUGCUUCACUAAUAGAAAAAGUAGCAGAGGAUUAGGAAGGCAUAAUAAAUGCAUAUGGAGCAAAUUGCGAUGAAAUAAAUAAAGAUCCUAAAUCUAAUGAUUAAUUACCAUAUUGCAGUUAAGAUGUGAUAUAACAUCUACCUUAAAUUACUUUCUUUGAACCUCCAACUCAACCAAUAAAUCCAUAUACAAAAGAAAAGAUGAUAGCAACAGAACACAGAUUUUAAGGGGAAGCUACUCCAUAAAGUUUGGGGUAAUUUGGAUACAAAUUCAUCCCAAAUCAUGUUAUUAGAAUUAAUACAUUGGAGGAACUCAAGAAGUUUGAGACAUCUGAUCCAAAAUUGAAUAAAGUUAUUCUUUUUACAAAGAGGAAGGAAACUUCACCUCUACUCAAAGCCAUGAAUCUCCAUUAUUUGGAAAGAGUCAAAUUUGGAGAAGUUGUCGCAACUCCAGAAACAUAAUCAUUAUUAGAUGAAUUUGAUAUCAAGGAAUUACCACAAAUAGUGGGCUUAGAAAAUAAUGGAGAUAAUACUUAUAAUAGAGAUCUAUAUGAUGGUGAUCUAUUAUUCAAACCAAUCAAGAAAUUUGUCAGGGGAUUGGCUGCUAAAGAUAGAAUUCCAUAUGAAUAAAUCAAUGAAUAAUCAAAGAAGUAGGAAGAAAGAAAGAAUAGAAGACAAAAACAAGAUGAUUAAGAAAAAAGUAAUGAAAAACAAAAUGUCAUUACUCCUACUAAAUUAGAUCAAAAUAUUUUAAAUAAAUAAUUAUUAAGAAAUGAUAAACCAGCAUUUGUGCAUGUUUAUAAAGAGACACCUCAUAAGGCAUGGGAGGAAACCAUUAAAAAAUAUAAAUCUUUAUUUGAUUAUUAUGAAUUUUAAGUAAACACUCAAGAGGAUGAAGAAUUAGUCAAAGAAUUGCAAAUAAAAAGCUACCCUAGCAUAAGAUUUUAUCAAGUAGGAAAUACUGCAAAAAAGAGAGCUUCCAAAAUAUCAUUUACUAAAGAAUAUUCAUUAGAUGAAAUAAAUAAAGACAUAUAAGAAUUAGUUGAUGAUAAGACUAUUAAUAUCAAUGAACAAACAUUAUAAAUGUAAUUGAGCCAGUAUAUUGCUGAUAAUAAUAUUGUUGUGCUUUAUUUUUAUUAGACUCCUUAAGUUGGAUUAACUUAUAGAGUCUUAAGUUAAUUGCAAGAAUAUCACGGUAAGUAUAAAUUCUUGUCUUUUAAAAAUGCUUCCUAAAAGGUUAUUGAACAAUUUUAGAUCCCUAAUCAACCAGCAUUAACUAUCAUCUUUAGAGAUGUCAAGGAUAAGAAGGAAUUAGAAGAAGAACUAAAACCUGAUUAAGUGAGACAAGCACUAUUUACUGGAAAGCAUGGUUAUGAUGAAAUUAAAUCAUUCUUAGAUUCAUUUGAUGAAUCCAAAAAGACAUCCAGCAAAAAAGUAUAGGAAAUACAUAAUUAAGAGUAAUUAGAAGAAUAUUGUGAAAAGAAGUAAACAUUAUGUUACAUUGCAUUAUUGAAUGGUGAACAUAAAUAAGUGAAACAUGAUGAUAUUUUAACAAAAUGGGAACAUCAAUUGGAAGUGCUAGACAAAAUAAAAAACACCCAUGGAGCAAAAUAAGCAUCUUUUGUUUUCAUUGAUGCUUCUUGUCAUGAUGAAUUAUUAUUAAAAUUUGAUAUUUCUGAUGACACAUUACCUAAUUUCGUUGCAUACUCGAGCAGCAAAAAGAUUUAUUCUAAAUUAAUUGGAAGAUUCGAUUAUGAUGCUCUUAGUAAAUUUAUUGACAAAUAAUAUAAGGGAUAAUCUAACAAUAUCAAUAUUAAUUCUAUUUAAAUUAUAGAAAAAAAUUGUGAAGAAAUAUUCCAAAAAAGAAAAGAGGCUAGUCAAUAAUCAGGAUUAUCAGAUUUUGAUGAAGAAAUCCUGAAAGAAAUUUUGGAAGAAGAAAGAUUAAAAAAGAAAGAAUUAGAAAAAGAAUUAAAAAAAGGAAAGAAAAAAAGUAAAAAGUCUAAAGAUGAUUUAUGAUUUUAACUCGAAUUUUAUGUUGAUAAUUGUUAUAAAUUCUGCUAUGAAA